UCAUUAUAUUUUGAUUAUAAAAUCGUAGCGAUAUAUAAGAAAGAUAAUAUAAACGAAUAUUUUGAAAAUAAAUUUAUUUCCAUAAUUUAAAAUUUUAUAUGAAAUACUAUCAGAAUCCAUCAAUAUUUACUUUAAUUUUAAUUUUUAUUUACAAUCUUUUUUUCAUAUUAUUACAAAUAUUUUAUUAUAUAUUUAAAUUCAUUAUAUGAAAUUAUUAAUAAUAUUAAUAUUAACACAUCUGAUUCAAUAUUUAAUAUAAUAAUUAUUUACCAAUAAUAAGUAAUUCUUGAUUUAUUGAGCCAAUUGUUAAAAUAACGUUAAGAAAUAAAGAUGUUCUUCAUAUUAUUAAUUUGUUCAUAAUUUUUAUUUACAAAAAUUUAUUUUUUGCUAAUUCAGAUUUAUAAUGUCUACAUUCGUAUAUAAUAAAAAUAAUUAAUCUGAAUAAUUGAAUAAGUUUAAUUUUUAAAUAAUUGAGCAACAAAAUUCAAAGAUAUUUAAAUAAAAACAAAUUAUGAUAAUAUUUAAAGAAUAAAAAAUAAAUUACAUUUUAUUUGAAUUAUUUUGUAAUGUAAAAUAUAUGUUCAUAAAAAAAUAUAGAUAGAUAUUAAAAAUGAAUUAGAAUAGAAAGACUUGUAAAUUUGUUUUAAUUUAUCGCAAUCAUAUUAAUUCAUUUCUUUCUUAAAUCAAAUCAAAAGAUUAACUCAAUUUAGAAAUUACACAUUUUUCUCGAAAAAAAUUUUAGGAUAUGUAAUAAAAAUAAAAUAUUUAAGCAUAACCAAUCGUUGCACCUAAAUAAAUACAGUUCAAAAAGAAAUUCCACAAAGUUUUUCUCUCUCCGAAUCCUUAAGAUUGCUUAAAACAAUAUUUUAAAAUGGCGUAGCGUAUCAAUCCAAAACAAUUUCAUUCAAAACACCUGCUGUUUUCACAAUUGUCCCAUCACCCACUAUAUAACCGUGAAUGAUCUUACGAAUCGGCAUCAAUCAGGAAAGCUGCGUCAAACAUGAAGAUUCCAGCAAUAUUCGUCACAUCUCUGCUGGUCUGGGGAUUGGCCGAGGGCCGUGUGAUUAAUCACGAAUCCCUGAAGACGAACGUGGAUAUUCAAGUAGCACCAGGACAAGUCGGUGAUGGAUCUGACGCAACUAGCUCCUCCAUAGAAAACGCCCUAAAAGUCGCUCGAGCGUCUGAGAACGUAGGCCUGAAUCUGGAAUUGAACGCAGGCGCGCAUGCUGCCAGUGUUGCCGCUGCUGCCCAGGCCAAAAAUACAGAGGCUGCGGAAGUAGGAGCAAACGCCGCUCUGGCCGCCGCCAUUGCCAAACGAGAGGAAGCGAUUAAAGCCAGCGAGAUAGCAAGCCAGUUAUUGACCAAUGCAGCAAAGGCAGCAGAAGCGACUGUAUCGGCAACGAAGAGGGCAGCACAAUUGACGGCUGCAGCGAAAGAAGCAACCAGAGCUUCUGCAGCCGCUGCUGAAGCUGCUACGGAGGCCCAGGUAAAGGCUAACGCUGAUUCGAUUAUCACGAAGAGGACUGCGAUUGCUGAGGCUCAAGCUGCGGCAGAAGCUCAAGUUAAGGCGGCAAUCGCUAGAAAAGCGGCAGCGAAUUUUUUGGCUAAGGCUCAAGUAGCGGCUGCCGCGGAAUCCGAGGCCACGAAACUCGCGGCCGAAGCCACAGUGGCAUUAAGUAACGCCGAAGUCGCCGUGAACCAGGCUAGAAACGCACAGGCAACCGCCUCGACUCAAGCUUCCGCAGCUGUCAGGGUAGAUUCUCAAGCAGCGAACGCUGAAGCAGCCGCUGUAGCACAGGCCGAAACUCUCUUGGUUACGGCAGAAGCCAUCGCAGCUGCAGAGGCUGAGGCUGCGAGCAAAGCCGCCUCAUUUGCAAAAAAGAUCGUCGAUGAGAAGAAAAUACAUGUAGAAAAGUUGGAAUAAAGAGGACAUAAAGAAUGAUGGAUAGAUUAAGUUGAAGCAGAGUUGGCAGAACAAGAAGUGGAAGAUCGUUGUCAAAAAGGCAAACGCGAUUAUCUUGAUAAUUUGAUUUAAACACGAUGAUUAUUGACAGAUAUUAUGAAGAGAGAUAAUUAACACAGUUGAGAUUCGUUCGUGUAAUAUUUUAAUGGAAAUAAAUUGUCGUAGCAACCCGAA